AUGGAAAAUCAUCACAGUAUUCACUACCCGAACUCAUCAAAAUCUUUGGAUUAUGAUAACUUUGAACAAACUGACAAGGAAUAUUUCCAUGAUUUUGAUGAGUCGGGCUUUGAUAUUAAUAAUUAUUCAAACAACAUUGAUCAUGCGAAAGAGUUGAAUAGUAAUCCAGAAAAUGAUGAAAUCAAUCUAACAUCUGAUAUUUUACAAGAGAUCACCUAUUAUCAAUUAUUUGAGCACAGAAAGUUUGUUAUUUACGUUGCUCAAUGUUGCGGAAUUUCUCAGGAUCCCACAACAAGAAACUAUUUAAUGAUAAUGAAUUAUUUUAAAGGUGGUAGCUUAAGACAAUAUUUAAAUAACAAUUAUGAUAAAUUAUCGUUGAAAGAUAAGCUUGGAUUGUUAUAUACAAUGACAAAUGGGCUAACUUAUAUUCAUAUUCAUGGACUAAUUCAUAAAGAUUUUCAUCCAGGUAAUUUAUUAAUUAAAUAUAGUAGAAAUCUGGGAGAUAUAUGCAAUGGACUUCGACCUAAUUUAGAUAUUGUUAAUAUACCUCAACUAUUAAAAUCAUUACUUAUCAAGUGUUGGGAUGGUAACCCCUUACUCCGCCCAAAAGCUGAUGAGUUGCAAGAUUAUUUUAAAAUGUGGUAUAAUGAUUCGGAUCCAGUAUUUCAGCAGCAAUAUCAACAAAUAAAAGCUACAGAAGAAUCAUCAACAUAUAAUAACUUAACUUACCAAACACAUCCGCAAGCCAUUUAUACCAGUCGACUGCUUGAUAUAGAUUCGAAAGAAGCUUAUUUAUACAUUCCCGAAAAACUUAGUGAACAUGACAUUAAUAGUAGCGAAUAG